AUGGCGUACAAGGUGGGUAGAGGCACCUACGGCGUGGUUAACAAAGUGCGUUCGAACCGAGACGGCUGCAUAUACUGCAUGAAGAAGGUGAAGUGCGGCCACCUGUCCUCUCAGCGGCAGAAGGAGGUCAUGUCGGAAGUGUCGAUGCUUAAGAGCAUGAAGCACCCGCACAUCAUCGGGUAUAUCACCUCCUUCAUGGAGAAGCACUCUCUCUACAUCAUCAUGGAGUUCGCAGCCAAGGGAGACCUGGGAAAGAUCUACGAGGACCACAAGCUGCGGAAGCUCCACAUCCCAGAGCAGUUCCUGUGGAGGGUCUUGUGCGAGCUCUCCCUGGCCCUCCACCACCUGCACAGCAACAGAAUCAUUCACAGGGACAUCAAGAUUGUAAACGUGUUCCUCGACCACAACAACACUAUCAAGCUCGGGGACCUCGGGGUCUCCAGGGUGCUGCAGGGGGAGGAGGAGAUGGCGGAGUCGAGGGUCGGGACCCCUCUGUACCUGGCGCCGGAGCUGAUCAGGCGCCAGCCUUACCACUUCAAGGCAGACGUGUGGGCGCUGGGGGUGCUCAUGUACACGCUCAGCGCGCUGAGGGGGCCGUUUGUUGGGGAGAACAUCUACGUGCUGGGGGAGAGCAUCUUGCACGAGGAGCCGAGGGCGCUGCCGGGGUCAUACUCGAGAUCUAUGAGGGACCUGAUACGCUCCAUGCUCCUCAAGGACCCCUCGGAUCGACCCACGAUCGUAAGAGAAGUAGACGUGGCGAACAGCUGA